AUGUCAAGUGUUAACGAGGCACAACAUAUUCUUAAUGAAUCAAAAGCUUUUCAUAAUUGCUUGAAAUUUCUUGAAAAUAUGGAAUCCAAAUUAAUGCUAGUUGAAAAUUUUGGUGAAGACAUUUUACAGCAUGAAAAAGGCAUACACUCCAUGAACAUGGAAGGAUGGCAAUGA